AUGGUUCACGUGCAUGAUCGAGAGUGCGCGGAAGCGUACGUUCAAUUGUUCGAUGCUAUGGCAUUUCCCAAGAAGCUUGUGGAAAACUGGCGCGUGGUCGUGGCAACCUUGAAGGGGUUCAAUAUGCACGAACUGCUGCAUCGAGACCCGGAAGAUCCACCGGACUACACCCUGACUGUACGGAAGGAGGACUAUCGCAACAUCUGUCGGGAUAUCAAGAGAUACCGGAAGAAAGUAAAGAGCGGGAAGCUGCAUGGUAACGCGAGGAAAGUUGAAGCCGGUGCAUUAUUCGCACGAUAUGCGAGAUCGAUGAAUGACCUAGAAAGCUGGACAGGGUACCAUUUUCCGUGUGGGUCAGAGAACACGAAUCAGUCGAAGGCGAAGAAGUGA